AUGACGAGUAAUACUAAUAAUAAAACUGAUCAAAGCGAAACAUGUGCCCCUUUAUAUAAAGUGCUUUUAUAUAAGAAGAAGGAUAUAAUAGCAGUUCAAGAAAAACUUGGUAUUAAUAGUAAUACAUUAAAGCAAAUAAAACACGAGCCCGAUGGAAAAACACUGGCUGAUUCAUAUGAAUUGCUGUUAGAAUUGGUGAGGGAUUUAAUACCUAUACAGAUGAAACUUGGUAUAGAUAUCAAUCCCAUUUUAGAAGCAGAACUUAGAAGGAAUAAAGCCUCUUCAGAUAAAUCAAUUAGAUUAUUUGAUUUGCUUUUAUGCUUAGAAGAUGAUAUAGCGACAAUUCAGAAAGAACUUGGUAUCAUCGGUUAUACUAAUCAAGAAAUAGCAGAAGAAGCUGAUGAAAAUGCAAGGGUAUAUCUUCGAAAGUUUGAGAAAUUUCACGGUCCCCUAGAAGAUGAUCCAGGUGUGGUAUUAAAGAAAUAUGGCGAAAUGGGGGUAAAGAAAAUUAGGUUUACUGGAGAGAGACUUCUGCUAAUUCCAAAUCUUACUCCUCAACAAUUGUAUGAAGUUUUCGUAAAAAAUUCAGCUAGCACCAAUCAUUGCCCAUGUUUAGAACAA